GCCUUACUGGCACCCCUCCAGCCAAUUCUCUUCCUUGAUCGACCCUCAUGAGAGCAACGAUGAACUGUUUCAGUAUCAGCCUCUAGCGAGCGAGCAGAUGCCGCCGCCUUCCCGGCUGUGUAACGAUGGACAGUCGGAUACCUACUCCCAGUACGGGAAUUUCGCGCACUUGGCUCAAGAACUUGAUCGAGACCACUCUUCUACGCCACAAUACAGUCCGAGCGUGGCUGUCAAGACACCUACUGGUCCUCGAACGAUGCGAAGACCUGGUCUGGCAGGCGCUCCGGCCCUGGUGUGCGGACGCUACUGCUGUCACUGGACUGUUGGUGGCGGGAUGUGUCAUCAGCAGUUCGAAGAUGCCAAGGCGCUGAACGAUCACAUUCGAGCUCAUCAUGUCCGUGGCGCAGGGACUUUUGUCUGCCAAUGGCAAGGCUGUGACAAAAGCUCUUUCCCAACAGCGAAUAAAUUGGUGCGGCAUGUCCACUCCCACACCGGCUACAAGCCCUUCCAGUGUCCUAGCUGCACCCAGGCGUUUGUCACCAAGGACCAACUGGACAAGCAUCUCACCACGCACACUGGCGCCAAAGACUUCAUUUGCACAUGGCCAGAUUGUGGACGCUCCUUUGCGGUGAAACAUGCUCUUGAUGGUCACAUGAACAGUGUCCACCUCAAGGCUAAGAAGCACGUUUGCCCGCACUGUUUGCAAGCUUUUGACGACUCGUCGAAUCUGUCAAAACACAAAAAGCAGGUCCACAACCCAGAAACAGGCAUCAGAUGCCCAGCCAGGCACACUCACGAAUGCACAUAUGUGGACAGCCGGAAGGACAAGAUGAAAGAGCACUGCGAACGUGAACGUCACGGCCUGGAGACUGCGACUGAUCCUUACAGGUGGAACUUAUGGGUGCAGCAAUUCAAGUCAAUAUCAAAGAAGGCCGAGUCACGGCGGUGUCGAGACGCGAGUAGCACCCCUAUAUCGCGAGGAUCGAGUAUAUCAAGCACGCUGUUUUCGACAACUACUCUAUAUUGGGCGCCGCCAAUCGAGUGCAGCAAGGAAGACUGCAACAUACCCGUAUGCCUUCCAUGCGACAUGCUGUGCAACGACCAGGAGUUAUAUCCUGAUCCCUUCCCGCUGUGCGACGAUACCGAGUGUGGGCCUUGCGAUUCCUGCAAUGAUCCCGACUGCGAUCCGAAUACACGACAGGAGUGCAACAUCGAACCUUGCACCAUCCAACACGAAGACGACGACGACGACUCUUGCUCUCUCCUCCUCCAAGAGACGUGCACGUCAACGUCGUGUGGCGGCAUACCGCAGUGUCUCCGAAGUGUGACAUCCACGCCCUCGCAGCCUCCCACUCCCUACAACAGCGCAAUGCAGGAACAGCCGGCUCUUUAUGACGGAGGAUAUCAUCCCAUCGGACACGAAACCGAUUCGUUUUCCUCCCCCGAUGCGGACAAUCCUUUCCAGCUCAAUUCUACACAGCUCGACGAGUACAUGUUCAUGACACAAUGAGGGACGGGGGAAUCAAUAGAGUCGGUAUAUACCGUACCAGUUAUAUAGUUAUGGUACUAGAUGGUCAGGAUAUGUGUGACGAGAUGAAGUAAGGUAGGUAGGCAUACGAGGGUGCAUUAGAUGCCAUUCAGGGAAGCAAGCGUACACAACGAUGGUAAUGGUCACAACGCCUGCAAUGAUGAGAUAUCUAAUGAAAACAU